GUUAAUAGAAAAGCUGCAGCGGUAAAAAACAGUAAAAAUAGGUCUGAGACCAGUUAUUUGAAUCCCAAACAGACCUUUAACUCAGCCCUUUCUCUCAUAAAAUCCGGGGUUUCUGUCAACUAGAGGGGAAAUGAAGAAGGAAAAAGGGGUUGCAUUUGGCAGUAGUGCUAGUAGCAGGGAUUAUGAUGAAUCUGAAUACAAAGAAGAAGAGAAAAUGAAUAUCCCAGCUGUCCGGUUCUCUACCCGAAACGCUUCCUCCAAAUACGAUUUCGUCAAGGUGAAGGUGUGGCUAGGCGAUAAUGCCGAUCAUUACUACGUCCUCUCCAGAUUUUUACUCAGCAGAAUGCUGACUGUUACAAAGAUUCCCAAUCACGUAGCCCUUAAAAUUGCUCUUGAACUCAAAAAGCUACUCAUAGACAACAGCCUUUUGGACGUCUCGCAGUCCGACCUUGAAGCUAAUCUGUUUAAGCUAAUGGAGCGACGGGGUUAUGGAGAGGAGUAUAUAAAUCGUUACAAGAUGAUGACAAGAUUUCACCAUCAAAGGGUGCCACUGGUUAUCCUUGUGUGUGGAACUGCCUGUGUGGGAAAAUCUACAAUUGCAACCCAGCUCGCGCAAAGGCUAAACUUGCCCAAUGUCUUGCAGACAGGCAUGGUGUAUGAGCUGCUACGGACAUCAACAGAUGCACCAUUGUCUUCUUCCCCUGUAUGGGCUCGACACUUCAGUACUCCAGAAGAACUAAUUACUGAAUUUUGUAGGGAAUGUAGAAUAGUUCGAAAAGGUUUGGCGGGUGAUUUGAAGAAAGCAAUGAAAGAUGGAAAACCAAUUAUCAUUGAGGGCAUGCAUUUAGAUCCAAGUAUAUACCUAAUGGACGACGAGAAUAAAACACCAACAAACAUAUCAGCAAAAUUGGAUCAACAAAGAUUUGUGGAGGCAGUUGAGAAAAAUGCAGCGGAAGCUACUAAUGAUUCUAUUGCUUCUGCUAGUUACAAUGAGCACUUUCCUGCAGAUGAACUGGAUAAGGUUAUUGAUGGUUUGCAGUCGGUUGAUAUUGCUGAAAGUGCUUGUGAUGACAAAGGUGAAUCAACGCAAGAUUUAGGGGUAGAUAGGAACCCACUUGUGAUGAAAGAAAAGUCAAGUGGUGCUGCUGCUGCACCAAUAAUUGUUCCUAUAGUUUUAAAGAUGGCUGAAUUUGAUCAUAAGGCAUUACUAGAGGAGUGGAUCUCUACACGUUCAUUCAGUGACAAUUAUCCACUACAGGACAAAGAUAAGCUAAUAAGCAACCUAAAAACCAUUCAAGACUAUCUUUGCUCAUUUACGUCACAGGGGCUAACAGUUGCUAACAUAUCAGCCACGACUUUUCCUCAGACUCUGGAUUGGCUGCAUAGUUACCUUCUUCAGUGUAUUGAGCAAGGUACAACAUCUGUUUCCACACCUCAAAGGCAGAAUACAGGCUGAGGCAUCAUGUUAUAUCUACAGCCUGGCUAUAUGACGUCCGUGCAUGUUGGUGCUGUGGUGGAUCUGUGCUGCUGGAUGUUUAUUAUAUUGAAUGCCGUUUGCUGCCCAAGAAGCUCAGCAUUACUGUCUGACCUUGUACUGCUGUAAUAACCGCCAAGUUCUUCUGUCUACUGAGGUGUGAUUUCCAAAAUGAUUUGCAGCAAGUGGGUUUCUUUUUUUGAGAGGCUAAGUUAUGCUGCUACAAAAUCAAUACAGCAUAACUUAAAUCUGGAAAGGCCUGUGAUUAGAACUUGAUGGAUUAAUAUGUGAAAUAUCAAGUGUACUUGUGAAAUAUUUAAUACAGGUAACAGAAUAUAAUGCCUGCAAUUACUUGGCUAAUAUAAAUAAAUAAUGCCUGCAGAUUUACCCAA